AAUUGCGAUUAUAAAUAUCUUUCAUGUCCAAUAUUUAUAAACUACCGCAUGACAUAGAAAAGUUCGACUUUAUCACGAACUUCGAGAUGUUGUGAGAAUCUACUUAUUACGUGUGAGAAAAGUAUUUGAAUCAAAAUGGCUGGUGAUCAUCGAUUCGAUUUCAAUGGAAGGGAUUGUAACAAGGGACUCGAAGAUUGUGAUGAAAGCAAAGCAAUAGAUUACAGUAUAUGUGAAAGAAACAUGUCUAAGCAGUCUGCUUAUAGCGUGAACAACGAGGAGAGCCUUCGUCUUCAAUCCAGUAGCAUUGACCUUUGUUCACCUUUUGGAUUUCAAAAACCUACACCGUACCACAAGAAUUACGAUUUGUCUAAAUACAGACGACAUGUCAGCCUGGAAAACGCAAACGGCUUGAAAGACAACGUAUCUAAAUAUACAACUUCUGAUUCAGAAAAAAAAUUUCAAGUUGGCAAUUACUUACGAGAAUCGUUCGGAAAAACGUUGGAAACAUGGCCUCUUUUGGGGGUUCCUUCGGCUUUUCAUUUCUGCAAUGACUUUUCUAAAGAACGGCUAAAUGCCAACCCUAUAAUGACAUUCUACCCACAUAUUAUGUUGGAUUUACCAAAUAUGUAUAGGUAUACUAGUCAAUAUCCGGUUUUACAUUCCGGUACUCCCCCGUUUACCGCAUAUGACAAACUUUUAACAUCUGAUGCCUUCUUUCGGUAUGAAGCGAGUAAAUUUAGAAUGUAUCAAAAUCCUUUAGAUAGCGUCAAUAUGUGUAUUGAAAAGUCAUUAAAUCCUGAGACUGUGAAAGAGAAGGGUUUGUCGCAACGGGACGGAGCGCUAAAUCUUUCCGUACAGAAAAAACCGCGAGCUGAACGCGGCCAUAAAUCUCUACCAUACCCUUUGGCGAAAAAAGACGGAAAGAUGCAUUACGAAUGCAAAUUUUGUAUGAAGUCGUUUGGUCAACUGUCCAAUCUGAAAGUACAUCUGCGAACACAUACCGGUGAACGUCCUUUUACUUGUCGGACGUGCGGGAAGGGUUUCACCCAGUUAGCGCAUCUGCAGAAACAUCAUUUAGUUCAUACGGGUGAACGUCCACAUGAGUGUUCGGUUUGUCACAAACGUUUCAGCUCUACGUCUAACUUGAAAACACACCAGCGCCUACAUAAUGGAGAGAAACCAUUCGUGUGUAAACAAUGCCCAGCAAGAUUUACACAGUUUGUACAUCUAAAAUUACACAGAAGAAUACAUGUUAAUGAGCGGCCAUUUGAAUGCCCGCAUUGUAACCGGAAGUACAUCAGUCCGAGCGGACUGAAAACCCAUUGGAGAGGAAGUGACUGUCCACAGAGAGUGCCGCUAGGUGUGUGAAAAUGCAAUGAUGUUACAAACAUACAUUAACUGAGACAUAAAACAUCAAAACAAUUGAAUUAUUCAACUGUUUUCUGAUAUAUUAGAAUAUUUACAAUAGUUGUAAGAUAUUUAUAAUAGUUGUAUGCGAUGUGUCCGUUCCCUGAUAAACUAUACCUUUAAUGCAUAUCAUAUCCAUGCACACAUGUAUAACUAUCUAGAUAUACAAAGGAAGCGAAAUGUGAAAUAUGCGGAAAUUGAAACCAAUACCCUUAUACCCGAAUGAUAGCAACAUAUAAAACACAUUCGGUUACUGUCGAACGUCAGCUUUCAAAAUCUGUUGCAGCGUAACUCUACACGGAUGAUUCAGAUUUUUAUAUUGACCAGAAAUUGAAAACAAUGCUUAUCUCUGAAUCUGUAAAGCAUAAUGGCAAGGAAAAUGAAAUAAAUAAUGAAAAAUAACCCGAAACAGCCGGUUGCUUUCUUUAUAGCAGUACUCGGUCAUACUUUUCUCUAAUUACUGAUAUACGCGUGCGCAUUCACUCUCGCCCGCCACUCUUAAAGGAUUUAUUACGAAGGGAAAAUAUUUUAUUAUGAAAACAAUAUUUAUUUAUGUAACAUGUGGCGCUGUUUUGUUAUCAGAAACAGCUUCUUAUGUGUGUAAAAGGCUUUAAAUGUUGACAAUAUUAAAUAAAUUAUAAUCAUA